CUCAAAUAAAUGGACGAAAUUAGUGACACCACUUACGCAUUAUACAAGUGUUCACCGUUAUGUAAUUUCUUGACGGGAAAACGUAAUAUGCGUUAUUUUAGAAAGAGAAUCGCUAAGCAAUUAAGUGAUGACCUCGAUUGGGUGAUUGAUCAUGGAGAAAUUCAAGGAGAAUGGCCACAUGCUGGAAAAAUUACUCGCCUACUAUUUGAAACUUUGGAAAUGGAAGACUUCGAAACCGAUCAAACUUACAAAACAUUGUCACCCUUGCAACUAACACUGGAUUGUUAUGUGAAAGGGAAAAUCAGUAAACAGUCUAUGGUCAUGCUACCAACGAAAGUGGCUUCAGAAGUAAAUGAAGUGUGUUGGAAUUAUCCACUUAUGUUGGCAAAGAUUUCUAAGGGGGUAUAUAGUGUUUUGUCAGAGAUGUUCUUAAGUGAUUUUCAGGCCACAAUAUCCCCUUUGGAUAUCCUUCCUAAAACCAUGGAGCAUAUUAUAUGCCUGAAUGCAGAACCCUUGUUUGAUAUUGAGUUGGAAGAUCCUCAAAUCCAUGAUGGAGAUGCACAAUCGAGGUCACGAACAGCCUUAUUAUUAGAGUACUCAACAGGAUUGGAUGAACUUAAGACAAUUCAAUUAGAGCUUUCAAUGGAUCAGGUGGCCAAAAUAUCUGCAUUGGCUGGUGGUCCAGACAAGUUUUAUAAUGCUUUCUGUGAACACAUUUUAAACACUACACACAUUAAAUUGACCACUUUGCAUCUGACAUCCCUAAGUUGCGAUAUCCUUACAGUGUCACUGGAAUCAGGCAAAAUAAAGUUUCGUGGAGAUGGACCAAGAUAUAGUGCUUACAAAGUGUUGUAUCAUUUGCUUGAAAUAGCGUAUUCAGAAAUUAGCGAUUUUAGCUGGGCCUAAGUGUAAAAAGUUGUUGCUAAUAAAAGUACCUUCUUAUUUUUAUUAAACUUGACAGUUCCACAUACACAUAGAUUAGCUUUAGAAGAUGAGAUACCUGGGAAAUAAAGUAUACAUGG